ACAGACUUCACAAUGAUGAGUUCUUCGACUUCGAUUAUUCAAGCGAAGGACCAUACUUCAAGUAUCUACCGGAAGAAAUCCUCAAGAACUCUGCUUCAUCAGAUGAGACAAUUUCUUCUCAAUCACUAUCCAUUAUGGCUUUUAAACAGCACACAGACUUGACACACAAAAUCAUGGUCUGCAUCUUGCUCAUCUUGUUGAAAACCAAUGUCUUUUCCAAUCAUAGAUCUCAUUUAGCUGCAGUACUUUACUUAUCUUUACAAAUUGAUUUUCCUAAAGAGCCCCUCAGAUAGCCAAAAAUUUCCGUGGUCAAAUUUUGUGGUGAAAUUUAGGGUAUAAUUUAAAGAAUGUAUCCAUGUAAAUGAUAAUGCAGCUCCUUAUGUCAAGUGUCUUCUUUGGAAUCCUUUGGCCUUAAAGUUAUUUGACAUUCACCUGGUGGUUAGCCUUAGUAACUGACACUCCAGUGAGUGAGUGAGUGACAGAGAUUUUAACUUUAGGAAAAUAAAAAGGCAGGUUUUUAGUUUCGCAAAGCUGCAGCCUUAAGGACUAAAGGGAGGAAAACAUAGAAGUGUCAUCUGGCAUUUCCGAUGAAAAUUUUGUCAACAAAGGCCUCCAAGAUUUCAUUUCCUGUAUUCUGAGUUCACCCUUGUAUGAAGUGGAGGUAAUCCAUAGCAUAGACCAAAGCACAGACUUAUUCCAGUAUGCUCCUUUGUGCAAAAGUUAAAAAUCUUAAGGUGGCACAGAAAGAUGAUAGAGAAUCACAUUAAAAAGACUGUUGAAAGGAGGAAAACACUUUUACUCCUUUUCCAGAGGAAGGUUUCAACGAGGAGAAUGUUGUAUGAAAACUUGAGGCCAGAAAUGAAAGAAAAGAGUAGGUCUCUCUGCAAGGGUUGAAAUCUCUAGAGUGAGCAGUACUGAAUAGAUGUUAAAUUUCAAUGGAUUUCAAAUCAAAAUGGUUUUAGACCAGUUUGAUCAGUAUUGUACUAUAUCCCAGUUACAUCACCAUAAUCCUGAAACAUUGAAAAUCACAGACCAAACCAGUUUGAUUUCAUUUGGAGAUGAAAUAAUUCUAAGCUAAAUUAUUUGUGCAAGGGGUUAUUCAUUUCUCAGCUUUCAUAACUGCAUCUAAGACUUGCACUGAAAAUCCUAAUAACUACUCAUUAAAUAUAACAUUCUUUCUCCCUUGAGUAAUAGAUGUCAGAGGAAAAUGAUCAGGAAAGUUCAAAAUUACAUCUAAAAGAGGAUGCACAAAAGGAAGUUCAUGGCAACUUGCAGCUAGACAAAUGCACCAGUGACUUAACUGUGGUAUCUACUGUCUCAGAAAUGCUAGAUCAGGGGGAUGUAACGUCAGUCAUGACAGAUCUUUCAGCAGAGGAUUCUGUUCUACAUGGGUCAUCAGUUCUUAAUGAAACAGAAGCAAUUGCUUCUUCUAGUGACUUGGAAAGUUCUCCCUGCCUCUCAGAUACGCCAGUUUCAGCAGAUUUGCUUUCAGACUCUUCAGUCAUAAACUCAACUGUAGGGCUACUACAACAGCCUGUUGUGUUGACGUCAUCUGUGUUGCCAUGUGUGCUGACUCAUGUGCAAGGAACUUCAGAGCUCCUUGCUGGUGAACUACAAGAGAGAGGAGAGGCUCAGGAGGAACUGUUAAUGGUAAAAAGGGACGACAGAGAGGUCCUGGAACCUUGUGUUGUGUUUACAACAUCAGAAGCAUUGCAGAGCACCAGUGCUUCAGAAUCACUCAGCUCUUCCUCAGCAACAGAUGUUGUAGUCACAGCACACCCAUCUAGCUUGACCUACCUGCGGCAGAUCUUUGAACAGGACCAAGUUAGUCCACAGGGUCAAAUUGUAUCCGUCUUGCCUCAUGGCAUCACAUCACCUCUGUCACCGACCUUACCGGAACUUCACCAGUGCAAAUGGGACAACUGCUGCGAACAUUUCUUGUCUCUAGAGGAUUUGGUUACGCAUGUCAAUGAAUACCACAUUAGAACUGAAGCAAGUGAAUAUAGCUGCCUUUGGCAGGGCUGCGCGCGCAAUGGAAAGGGCUUCAAUGCCCGGUACAAAAUGUUGAUACAUAUGAGAACACAUACCGGAGAAAGGCCCCACCGUUGUAAUCAUGACUCUUGCGGAAAGAGCUUUUCACGGCUCGAGAAUUUAAAAAUACACACCAGGUCUCAUACGGGAGAAAAACCGUACGUUUGUCCCGUGGCGGGUUGUAAUAAGCGGUACUCCAAUUCAAGUGAUAGGUACAAACACACACGGACCCACUCAGAGACCAAACCUUACCACUGCAAAGUGGCCAACUGUUACAAAAGGUACACAGAUCCGAGUUCAUUGAGAAAACAUUACAAAACGAUCCACGGGAAAGACAUAAUUAGUGAAGAGCAAGAUUAAUGAAUGAUGACCCACUUAUAAUUACAGUUAGAUUGCAUCGUACUUUUUUUCUACUCUCUUUAUAUAUUUUUUCCACAAUUUUUGAACGACUGUGUUUUGGACAGAACCCUCUUGAAAUAGCAGCUGAAAAAUGAAACCACUUAUUGUCGUAUGAAAAAAAAUCUGGCGGGGAAUGAUUUGGGAAUACCUAAACAACACACUUCAAUUUAGCACCCGUACAAAGUUUCAACCAGGGAGUUGUUGUUUGAUGCAAGCGAGAAAAUGUUGUCCUAGAUUUGAGACAACCAGCGAGAGAAGCACAGUUAAAGGUAUAUGAUAUUUAAGUAUAAUUUUAUAUUUUUUUCCAUAUUUUUAGGGGUAAUGAAGUGAAAUUUUCCUUUUUUAUCUUGCUAUUUGGGCCUGGAGCUCGUUUCUCGAAGUCUCCAAAUAACCUAACGGGUUCGUUUGGUUUAAGAUACGGGAUUCAAAACAGAAAUGAGCUGGUUAGGGUUCUAGAACGUAUUCCUCGAUUCUUUAAACUCUGAUUUUAAAAUAAGGCUUCGGGCUCGUUAGGUUACCAGGAGUUUCGGGAAACGAGGUUUAGGUGCAUUUUUUUUUUCGGUUGAGUGGAAAAUUUUUUUCCAUGCGGUAAUUAGUUCUAAUUUCAGCCUGUUUACUGGGUUGUCAAUCAAAACGUAGGUUUCUUCAAUGCCAUGGCAACGAAGACGUUGGGCUUGUCACAAACUCCCAAGUCACGUCAAGUCACGUUUCCAUGCUCAAGGCGUUCUUAUAUGUUAGUUUCGAUUGCUGGUACAUAUUUCGAUGUAACAAAGAUGAAUCAGACGAUUUAAUUUUGAUUGAUUGAAUUAGAAAUAUUGUUAACAGUUCUAUUAGGAGCACGAUAUUUGUGUCGCAAUCGAUGGAGUUAUGCUCGAAUUAACUAUUACGAAUAAAAAACGAGAGCAAAUAAUCUAAUUGUUUAAGAGUAAAGCAAUUUUCGAUUGAGUGUCGAAAGUAACCCGGAAUUGCAUUGGUUUAACUUUAUUUCACAAUGUGAUUGUUCCAGAAAACUCGCGCCACUCUUUCAACCAAUCAAAUGCCAAACUAACACCAAUCACGAGUUGAUCGGCCGCGUUUCCCGCGCUUUGGGCGGUUUGCUUGUUUUUACCUUGAGUUCUCAUUGGCUCUCCAGAAAAUGUUCCCUUCUUCUGAUUGGCCGAUGUAAUUACCUCGGUUUCGGUUUUAUGACACUCAAUCAAAAAGAGCUCUAAAGCUACUAUUCGUUCAAAACUCAGAGAAAAGACAGGCUUGGGAUUUCAUUUUACUUUAUUUACAAUCUCACGCUUUGUAACUAUCACGAAAUAGAUAGCGUGCAGCUUAUUCGAUCAGAUGGCAGCAUUUGAGAUAAAAUGUUAGUGGAAUUUAACUGAAUGUACAAGUGUAUAUUUGAAAGAUAUUAGUAAAGAAAAUUGAAAGGGUAAUAAAAGUUUACCGAUUGAUAUGUA